AUGUCAUCAUCUGUACCAUACGACCCAUACAUUCCCAACCAGACGACAGGAGAACAGUCUGCGUCAAGAACAGCGGCUAUCCAAGCGGUAAGUAGUCAAAUCGAAACGGGGCACAGCAUAUGAUGCCAGACGACCCAGACGACCUAGACGGCUCAACAGGCGCACAGAAGGACCAUGGCGGUCAACGAGGUGAUAUAGAGACCGUAGAAAGGUAUUACGCAACAACAAAUACUAACCAACAUAGCAAAUCGACGACACGGUGGGUGUCAUGCGAGACAACAUCAAUAAGGUGGCCGAAAGAGGCGAGAGGUUGGACUCGAUCGAAAACAAGACUGACAACUUGGCCAUCAGCGCCCAGGGGUUCAGAAGAGGUGCUAACAGAGUGAGAAAAGAUAUGUGGUGGAAAGAUAUGAAGAUGAGAAUGUGUCUCAUUUUGGGGGUAAUUAUUGUGUUGAUAGUGAUCAUUGUGCCUAUUGCAGUUCAUUUUUCAUAG